CAGAGCGCGGGUGACUCAGGGCGCGGGCCGAAAGCCGGGAGCCUACCCGCCGAGGCCGCUGCCCAGCGCCGCCUUUGUUCCCUGCAGGAAGGGCGAGCAGCGCAGCGCAGCGCCCCUUCGCCUCGGUGGAGCUCAGCCGCUCCGCGCCUUCGGGGCUCCACAGACCCGCGAGAUGGCGCCAAGGAGGAACGUGCAGGGCUGGCGCUUGCCGUGGCUGCUUUGGGUCUCUGCGCUUCUCGCCGCUGCCACCCGAUCCCGCGCCGCGACAGAUUCGGCUUCCCAGGGCCAUCUGGAUCUCACGGAGCUCGUCGGUGUCCCGCUGCCCUCAUCCGUGUCCUUCGUCACAGGCUAUGGUGGCUUCCCUGCCUACAGCUUUGGGCCUGGUGCCAACGUGGGCCGCCCGGCCAGGACCCUCAUCCCACCCACCUUCUUCCGUGACUUUGCCAUCAGUGUCACGGCAAAGCCCAGCAGCACCCGAGGAGGUGUGCUCUUUGCCAUCACGGACGCCUUACAGAAGAUCAUCUACCUGGGCCUGCGGCUCUCGGGCGUGGAGGACGGCCACCAGCGGGUCAUCCUCUACUACACGGAGCCCGGCUCCCGAGUGUCCCAUGAAGCUGCUGCCUUCUCAGUGCCUGUGAUGACCCACAGGUGGAACCGCUUUGCUGUGACCGUCCAGGAUGAGGAAGUGACCCUCAUCAUGGACUGCGAGGAGCAUGGCCACAUCCCCUUCCAGCGGUCCUCUCAAGCCUUGGCUUUCGAGCCCAGUGCGGGAAUCUUCGUGGGCAAUGCCGGAGCCACCGGGCUGGAGAGAUUCACUGGCUCCAUACAGCAGCUCACCAUCCACCCUGAUCCCAGGACUCCUGAGGAGCUAUGUGAAGCCGAAGAGUCCUCGGCGUCAGGAGAGACCAGCGGGCUUCAGGAGACGGUUGGAGUGGCUGAGAUCUUAGAAGCUGACACCUACACUCAAGCCCCGUAUAAAGAAGCAGAAGUCAAUCCCAUAAACACACCUCCAACUCUAUCCCCUCCCUCUGAGGAUGUGGAGCUUUCCGGCGAGCCUGUACCUGAGGGGACCCAGGAAACCACCAACCUGAGCGUUGUCCUGCAUAGCAGUCCUGAGCAAGGGUGCGGCGAGAUCCUGAAUGACACGCGGGAGGGAGUUCGUACUGUGGACGGUGCCCCCAUUACAGACAUUGGCUCGGGGUGUGGGGCCUUCCCUCAGGGCACUGAAGAGGGUCCACAUACAGAAGACGGUUUGGCAGCCACAGCAGCAGCUGGAGAAGCUGAGGUGACCACCAGCACUGCCAGGGAGACCGAGGUGACUGUUAGCACUGCCGAGGAGGCUGAGGUGAUUGUCAGCCCCGCUGAGGAAGCAGAGGCCAGCAGUGUGCCCACCGAGGUGCCAGCCCUCUCCAUGACCACCGAGGACCCCGGGGAAAAGCUCACUCUAGGUCCAGAUACUGAAGAAGGUUCUGGGACGACAGCAGCAGGGGAGGCUGAGAUGCCCGCCAGCACUGACUGGGAAGCGGAAGCUGGCAGCGUGCCCACUGGGGGACCAGCCCUCUCCAUGUCAACCCAGGAGUCUGGGGAAGGAGUUGCUCUGGGUCCAGUCAGUGAAGGAAGUUUGACGACAGCGGCAGCUGCUAUGGAAGUGUCCCUCAGCACUUUCAAGGAAGAGGAGGCCACUGACGGCCAGGCUCCCCUUACGCCCACGGCGGCCCCUGGGCAAGCAGUCACUUUUGGUUCUGGCGAUGAAGAAGACUUAGCAGCAGCCACAACAGAGGAGCCUCUUACCAUAUCUGGGGCAGAGGAAUUGGGCAGCACUCCCCCUGAUGGACCCCCACUCCUUGUACCCACAGUGGCUCCUGAAGGAACUGUCAUUCCCAUCACUCCGCUAAGUGGUGCAGAGGUGGGAGCGGAGGCUGAGGGCUCCGGUCUGGACUGGGGAUCGGACGUCGGCUCUGGCUCUGGUGACCUGGUGCGCAGUGAGGAGCUGUUGAGAGGUCCCCCAGGCCCCCCAGGCCCACCUGGCUUACCGGGGAUUCCAGGAAAACCAGGAACUGACGUUUCCCCGGGACCCCCUGGAUCUCCUGGAGAGGAUGGAGCUGCGGGUGAACCUGGGCCCCCGGGCCCAGAGGGACAGCCUGGACUUGAUGGAGCCUCUGGCCUUCCUGGGAUGAAAGGAGAGAAGGGAGCGAGAGGGCCUAAUGGCUCAGUGGGUGAAAAGGGUGACCCCGGCAACAGAGGCUCACCAGGACCCCCAGGGAAAAAUGGACAAGUUGGCACUCCUGGGAUCAUGGGACCCCCAGGGCCUCCCGGACCCCCUGGGCCUCCGGGUCCUGGGUGCACAAUGGGACUUGGAUUUGAGGAUACCGAAGGCUCUGGAAGCAUCAGGCUACUGCACGAACCCAGAAUCUCUGGACCAAUGGCUUCAAAUGGUCCCAAAGGAGAAAAAGGAGACCCAGGACCCAAGGGUGACAGAGGGAUGGAUGGAGCCAGCAUUGUGGGACCCCCUGGGCCCAGGGGGCCACCAGGGCACCUCAAGGUCUUGUCUAAUUCUUUGAUCAACAUCACCCAUGGAUUCAUGAAUCUCUCAGACAUUCCUGAGCUCGCCGGGCCUCCGGGCCCAGAGGGCAUGCCUGGGCUGCCAGGAUUUCCAGGCCCUAGAGGACCCAAAGGGGACACUGGUGUGCCUGGAUUUCCAGGGCUAAAAGGAGAACAGGGCGAGAAGGGAGAGCCUGGUGCCAUCCUGACAGGGGACAUUCCCCUGGAAAGGCUGAGGGGAGAAAAGGGUGAACCUGGAGUGCAUGGAACCCCGGGACCAAUGGGGCCCAAAGGACCACCGGGACACAAAGGAGAAUUUGGCCUCCCCGGACGACCUGGUCGCCCAGGACUGAAUGGCCUCAAGGGCACCAAAGGAGAUCGAGGAAUCAUGAUGCCAGGCCCACCUGGCUUACCUGGUCCUCCAGGCCCCCCUGGACCACCUGGAGCUGUGGUUAACAUCAAAGGAGCUGUCUUUCCAAUACCAGCCCGGCCACACUGCAAAACACCAGUUGGUACCACUCAUCCUGGGAACUCAGAACUCAUCACCUUUCAUGGUGUUAAAGGAGAAAAAGGAUCCUGGGGUCUUCCCGGCUCAAAAGGAGAAAAAGGCGACCAGGGGGCUCAGGGACCGCCAGGGCCUCCAGUGGAUCCAGCAUACCUGAGACAUUUUCUGAACAGCUUGAAGGGGGAGAAUGGAGACAGGGGGUUCAAAGGAGAAAAAGGAGACUCUAUCGUCGACUUCUCUAUGUCGGGGCCUCCAGGCCUGCCAGGAAGUCCAGGCUUGGUUGGCCAGAAAGGGGAGACUAUUGUUGGGCCCCAGGGACCCCCAGGUGUUCCUGGCAUGCCUGGGCCACCUGGCUUUGGAAGACCUGGUCCUCCUGGGCCACCGGGACCCCCAGGGCCACCAGGACCUCCAGCUAUCCUAGGAGCAGCUGUGGCCCUUCCAGGCCCACCUGGCCCUCCGGGACAGCCAGGGAUUCCCGGAUCCAGAAACCUGGUUACAGCCUUCAGCAACAUGGAUGACAUGCUGCAGAAAGCACAUUUGGUUAUAGAAGGGACAUUCAUCUACCUGAGAGACAGCACUGAGUUUUUUAUUCGUGUCAGAGAUGGUUGGAAAAAAUUACAGCUGGGAGACCUGAUCCCCAUUCCUGCCGACAGCCCUCCACCCCCUGCGCUUUCCAGCAACCCACAUUCGCUUCAGUCUCAACUGACAUCUAUUUCAAGUGUCAAUUAUGAAAGGCCUGCACUGCACUUGAUUGCUCUGAACAUGCCAUUUUCUGGGGACGUUCGAGCUGAUUAUCAGUGCUUCCAGCAGGCCAGGGCUGCAGGACUGUUGUCCACCUACCGAGCAUUCUUAUCCUCCCAUUUGCAAGAUCUCUCCACAGUUGUGAGGAAAGCAGAGAGAUACAGCCUUCCAAUAGUGAAUCUCAAGGGCCAAAUACUUUUCAACAACUGGGACUCAAUUUUUUCUGGCCACGGAGGUCAGUUCAGUACACGUGUUCCAAUAUACUCCUUUGAUGGCCGAGACGUGAUGACAGAUCCUUCUUGGCCCCAGAAGGUCAUUUGGCACGGUUCCAGCACCCAUGGCGUGCGUCUUGUGGAUAAGUACUGUGAAGCAUGGAGAACUGCUGACAUGGCAGUCACGGGAUUGGCCUCCCCGCUGAGCACCGGGAAGAUUCUGGACCAGAAAGCAUAUAGCUGCGCUAGUAGGCUGAUUGUUCUCUGUAUCGAAAACAGUUUUAUGACAGAUGCUAGAAAGUAAUGACCUUCCCAUAAUCCUAAAAGAGUCUUCCAGUUUUUCUUAUGUGAAGAGUUGACACUGAAAUCUAAAAUGUUUAAAUGUUGUAAAUAUUAGUUUUUUAUUACACAUUCGUCACAACAGCAACCAAAGAAAACAUACCUCAAUACGCCCAAAACUGAAGACAUAAAGGACUCAGAUCAAAGAUAACAAUCUGAUCUAUAUAUCGGUGCUAGAUUCUGCAGGAAACUCUAUGCAGUGUGAACACAUCCCAACAUGGUUAAGAGCAAGCUGAAAACAAAGGCCUUGGCAUUCUGCCCACUGCAUCCUUCAGAAAGUUAUUUCCUCCUUUUAGCCAUUGUUGUCAAGUGUAAGAUGUCCUUCAUGUUUUCUUAUAAAGUCAGUGUUUAGAAAUGUUAUACCCUUUCUAAGUUAUGUGCUGACCAAAUGCUUUAUUCUUUAAUAUACAUCCAUCAUUUGCAACUGCUGUUCAUACAGAGAUACAGAACUGCUCAAAUGAUCCUAUUUGUAGUUUCUGAUAUUAUCAGACUUCAAUUUUUUUUUCAUAAAAUAUUAUUGCCAUCAUGCUUCAGGAGUUUUAUAUUUUUGCUACAAUCAUAUAUUAGUAUGGCAUCUGUUUUUAUUGCUCUGACUUGCUGGAAAAGUUGAAACUCCAAAUUAUCUGAAACUAGAAAAGAAAUAGCACAUAAUUACUACAUUUCCUUUGGUGGCCCUUCCACCCAUCUCCUACCCUAAUUUUGUGACUUCCAUUUGGCGACUCUUGAAUUAUAACUGCGAUUGAACAAACAGGUUCAUGAGGAUGAAUUUUCUGAGACACCUAUAUCUUCAUGCUGUAUACUUUGUUCUUUGUUUUUUUCUUUUUCCUAUGUAAGUGAACAUAAAAAUAUCUUUUCCA